AUGUGUAAAAUUCUCAAUGCUACUAAGUACUACACUCAAGCUGCCUACACAGUGAGUGAAGUUUUUCACAUGCACAAAUUCUCUACCAAAGGAUCGGCCCAAUUCUCACAUGGCUUCAAAACCCAAAUUUCAUGCUCAGCUCAACCUGAAACAUUUGAAAUUGUCCAAAACACAAUUGCCAAGCAGCUAUCGGUUGAUGUGAAUACUGUGACACCCCACACCAAGUUUGCUAAUUUGGGUGCUGAUUCUCUUGACACCGUGGAAAUAAUGAUGGCUCUAGAAGAGAAAUUGGGAGAGUCAAUUGGAGAAGGAGGAGCUCAGAACAUUGCCACUGUCCAAGAUGCUGCCGAUCUCAUUGAAAAAGUGAAGGAAAUUGCAGCUUGAUAUGAUGCGCUUACAAUCAUAUAUCUGAAAUGGUCAAUUUGAGCCCAGACAUAAUUAGCUGUGAAAUUUACCAUCCUAUUUUAAUUUUUUCAUUUUGUUUCCAUAUGCCAUGGCCAAUGCUUACAAUAUUUUAUCCUAACCAGAAAUUUUGCUAUUACUUCCAACUCCUUUCAA